CGGGUUCUGUUAAAGCAGGUUAUUCUUCUGUUUUGGCCCCUUAUUUGCACCUGGGUUCAGGGGGCAGAGAAAAUAGAUAGUUGUCAACUACAAGUUCUAGAAAUGUUGAGUAGUUUAGGGAGCGCUGGUGGGAAGUCUGCCAAACCUUCGUUUGUUUCUUAUGUGACGCCCGAGGAAAUCAAGUCAGAGAAGGAGCCCUCCAGAAAAGAGAAACAUCCAGACUUGUUACCAGGUGAGGUAGUGUUCUGCAGUGCCAGCACAGUGUUGAAAUACACUCAGGAUGACCUGUCACAGCGAGGUGUCUUCGGGGCGCUGCUCUGCACCAACUUCAGAGUGUCCUUUGUCAGCGAUGAGGCGCCCACUGAGGAGAUGGGCCAGCUCUUCAAAAAUAAACUCUACGGAGAAAAUGACAUCCCUCUUUCGUGUGUGGAUAACAUCUAUGGAGGUUCUGACGACAAGAGGAAGCUGAUAACAGGAGGCCUGGUGAAGAACAAGUAUCCAUCGAAGAUGAUCAUCCACUGUAAAGACCUACGGGUGUUUCAGUUCUCUCUGUCCUUCUCUAAAGAGGAAGAUGCCAAAAAGAUCUUCCAGGGGAUUGUCCACCACUGUCUGGAGCCCAAGUCCCUGAGAUGUCUCUUUGCCUUCUCCUACUGCGAGAAAACCUCGUAUCCAGAGGCGCAGAGGAAAAAGCAGACUGUGAUGUUUGACUCCGUGGAGGACUGGACUCAAGAAAUGAAGAGAACUAAAGGAAACUGUAGAGUGGUGUCGGAGAACAGCAACUUCGAGCUCUCUCCAAAGUUGCCUCAGUAUUUUAUAGUCCCAAAAAACGUCUCGGACGAAGACUUGACUAAGUACCAGGGAAAGGGAUUACCGAUGUGGUGCUGGUCUCAUCAUAGCGGCUGUGCCUUGUUUAAAACCGCCUCUAUACCCCUGGUACAAGAGGACAACGUCCCACAAACCUACACGGAGAAAAUGUUGACGGCAGUGGCUCACAACCACCUGUACUCCGUAAAGACAGAAGACCUGUCCGACACACUGCCCACCGUUCAGGACAUCCUGUUGUCUUACAACAAAUUCAAACAGUUCUUCCUCAUCGACAACACAACAGAGUUCUGGAUGUCCGAUAUGAAAUGGUUCUCCUCACUGGACAACUGUGGAUGGCUGGACAUCAUCAGACAGUGUCUCCAGAAGGCCGUGGAGGUAGUUGAGAGCCUGGAAAAGGAAAACACCAAUGUUCUCAUUAUGGAGGAGGGUGGUUCAGACCUGUGCUGUGUGGUCUCCAGCCUGGUCCAGUUGAUGUUGGACCCCUACUACAGAACUCUUCUGGGCUUCCAGAGUCUGGUGCAGAAGGAGUGGGUAGCAGGAGGACAUGCUUUCCUGGAUCGCUCCAACCAUCUACACCUCAAGGACAAGGUGGAGAGCCAGUCUCCAGUGUUCCUGCUCUUCCUGGAGUGUGUGUGGCAGCUACAGCAGCAGCAUGGUCCGGCCUUCCAGUUCUCAGAGACCUACCUGACCGUGCUGUCUGACAGCGUCCAUGUUCCGGUAUUCACCACCUUCCUCUUCAACAACGACGGCCACAGAGACAGCUUACUAAGGGCCGAGUCGCCCCACACACAAAGAAGCCCAUUGAACUGCCCGACAGUGUGGGACUGGUCGGUGCAGUUUGACUGCAAGGCACAGGAUCUCUUCACUAACCCUUUGUAUACCGAGAAGCCCAAGCAGGACACGUCUGUGAGGAAAUCCUACAGGCCCAGGCACCUGCGUCAGCUGUCCCUGCCAAGCUCAGCCUUCAAGACCCCCCCUAAGAAGGGCUUCUUUAAAGACGAGGCGGACAACCUGAAGAAAAUCCUUGGUGUAAAGAGGCUCAGUCGCUGGAUGCUGUCUCCUUCCUCAGAUUCCCCUCCGACCUCGUCUUCAGUCAGGGAGUUCUACGAGGCGUGGCAGACUAAACCAUUAGACUACCACGGUCUGCUGCUGCCCUGCCUGGACGGUCCCUCCAUACGCGUCUGGAUGCAGAGGUACCUGCGCUGGAUCCACGACGUCCAGAUCCUAGGAGGGGGUCCAGUGGCCAUGCUGAGUAAAGUCUCUGAGAUACUGGGGGAGGUUCAGGAGCUGCAGAGACAGCUCGAUCGCCACGGCUGCACUUUAACCUCCAACCACAAGGGGGCGAGGCCAAGGGCCAAGACAGUGGCGGCGGUGAUCGCAGCCAGGUCUUCGGUGAGGCUGUCGUCAUCGUUCCCCUUCGUGACGUCGAGGAACUGGUCGUUCAAACCAGCCAUACCGACCAGCCUCCUUCAGAGUCUCAUGGUGACCGGAUUGGCAGGAAACCUGGCCGAUAGAGAGGAUGAUGGUGGCCCGGAGUCUCUGGUCUAGGAUACACACAGUCCCCCUGUCUAUCACAAACCCAAUGGGGAGGUGGGUUUGGUUGGAGGCCUGUUACUGUAUACUGGGACCUAAAGUGUUGGACCUGUAUGUGUCGUGGUGCUCAAAGCCAUCGUUGACAGGACCACCAUGUUCCUGCUUUAGACAGAGAAGGCCAAAGCUAUAUAUCCUAAUACCAUUUGUGCACUACUGUGGUGAGCAACAAAGAAAACUGUGACUGAAUGUCUCGCUCUCUGUCUCGCUCUCUGUCUCGCUCUCUGUCUCGCUCUCUCGCUUAAAGGAAAUGACAUCUUUAAAGAAUGCCUAGCUGUCCAUAGUUGACUACUGUCCUGUUAAGAACCAUAGAGCUGUCCGGUCUAAAACACAUAACUACUGUAAAGCACUGAAUAAUGAAUUACCAUUUGUAUGCCCUUUUUUAAUUAAAUAAAAAAUGUUAGUCUCUCGAUGGAAUGCCAAAGGUUGCUUAAUGGUUUAGAAGCCGAUUUCAAGCCAAAAUCACAUGAAUCUAUGCCAUAAGUGUGUGUUGACCAAUGAUGCCAGCUGUACGUUUUAUACUGCAAAAGGGAAGCUUAUUUUUGUUUUGUUUUACCUUAAAACUUCUAUACUGUUUUAUUCCUAAUCUCUGUGUGGAAUGGAAUCCAAAGCCAAUAUCGUACUGUACUUUUAACUGGCUGUAAUGUGAUGAAUCAGGAAAAGACUAAGAGAAAAUCUGUAGCACAAUGGGCUCUACUUGUUGCCUGCAUUCCCGCCUUUGGGAAAACGUCUCCCAUUGUUAGGGCGGAGACAUGGGCUUUGGGACAGCAACUCCCAUUGUUAGGGAGGAGACAUGGGCUUUGGGACAGCAACUCCCAUUGUUAGGGAGGAGACAUGGGCUUUGGGACAGCAACUCCCAUUGUAAGGGAGGAGACAUGGGCUUUGGGACAGCAAUUCCCAUUGUUAGGGCGGAGACAUGGGCUUUGGGACAGCAAUUCCCAUUGUUAGGGCGGAGACAUGGGCUUUGGGACAGCAACUCCCAUUGUUAGGGAGGAGACAUGGGCAUCUUGUCAUUAUGUAGUUUUAAUUUUUUUUAAUUUUACCUUUAUUUUACUAGGCAAGUCAGUUAAGAACAAAUUCUUAUUUUCAAUGACGGCCUAGGAACAGUGGGUUAACUGCCUGUUCAGGGGCAGAACGACAGAUUUGUACGGCUCGGGGAUUCGAACUCGCAACCUUCCGGUUACUAGUCCAACGCUCUAACCACUAGGCCACCCUGCCGCCCCAUAAUGACGAGAUGCCCAUGUUAGCCCACUGUUCCCAAUUAUAUACACAUCUCUGGACGGAUACACAUUAACACCUGCUACGUUAUGUUAGAUACACACAGACCACACACAACACAACGAUGAGGGACCGAUCUAUGUUAUGUUAGAUACACACAGACCGCACACAACACAACGAUGAGGGACCGAGCUACGUUAUGUUAGAUACACACAGACCACACACAACACAACGAUGAGGGACCGAGCUACGUUAUGUUAGAUACACACAGACCACACACAACACAACGAUGAGGGACCGAGCUACGUUAUGUUAGAUGCACACAGACCACACACAACACAACGAUGAGGGACCGAGCUACGUUAUGUUAGAUGCACACAGACCGCACACAACACAACGAUGAGGGACCGAGCUACGUUACGUUAGAUACACACAGACCACACGCAACACAACGAUGAGGGACCGAGCUACGUUACGUUAGAUACACACAGACCACACGCAACACAACGAUGAGGGACCGAGCUACGUUAUGUUAGAUACACACAGACCGCACACAACACAACGAUGAGGGACCGAGCUACGUUAGGUUAGAUACACACAGACCACACACAACACAACGAUGAGGGACCGAGCUACGUUAUGUUAGAUACACACAGACCACACACAACACAACGAUGAGGGACCGAGCUACGUUAUGUUAGAUACACACAGACCACACACAACACAACGAUGAGGGACCGAGCUACGUUAUGUUAGAUACACAAAGACCACACACAACACAGCGACGAGGGACCGAGACAAGACAUACUUUCACGAGCUAUCUACUUUGAAGAACUAGUCAAAUGAUUUGGUCAGAUUGCAGCAUACUUAGGCAGGCUAGCUAAAUAGGAUGACAGCAGACAGUACAGUAUGGGGAGAACAGAGAUAACUGUCUGGCUGACUGCUACUGCCUGGGCAGAGAUGACAUUAACAUUUAAGUCAUUUAGCAGACGCUCUUAUCCAGAGCGACUUACAAAUUGGUGAAUUCACCUUCUGACAUGAUGACUUUAAGGAAUUAAACAUUUAAAAGUCAUAAUCAGACCUAAAGAAUAUAUAAAUGUAAUUUGUCACGUAGCGAAUGCAACAUGUGUAGACCUUACAGUAAAAUGUUGAAAACAACAGGUGUAGUAGACCUUACAGUGAAAUGCUGAAUACAACAGGUGUAGUAGACCUUACAGUGAAAUGCUGAAUACAACAGGUGUAGUAGACCUCACAGUGAAAUGCUGAAUACAACAGGUGUAGUAGACCUUACAGUGAAAUGCUGAAUACAACAGGUGUAGUAGACCUCACAGUGAAAUGCUGAAUACAACAGGUGUAGUAGACCUCACAGUGAAAUGCUGAAUACAACAGGUGUAGUAGACCUCACAGUGAAAUGCUGAAUACAACAGGUGUAGUAGACCUCACAGUGAAAUGCUGAAUACAACAGGUGUAGUAGACCUUACAGUGAAAUGCUGAAUACAACAGGUGUAGUAGACCUCACAGUGAAAUGCUGAAUACAACAGGUGUAGUAGACCUCACAGUGAAAUGCUGAAUACAACAGGUGUAGUAGACCUCACAGUGAAAUGCUGAAUACAACAGGAGUAGUAGACCUCACAGUGAAAUGCUGAAUACAACAGGUGUAGUAGACCUUACAGUGAAAUGCUUACUUAACCAAAAAUGCAGUUAAGAAAAUAUCCCCAAAAAAGUAAGAGAUAAGAAUAACAUAAUUAAAGAGCAGCAGUAAUUAACAAUAGUGUGGAUUUAUACAGGGGGUACCGGUGUCAAGGUAGUUGAGGUAAUAUUGUGUUAUUUCAUAGUGAUUUACUAUAAUUAUAUUGAUGUCUCCUCAAGGUGGACCCGACGGAGUCAAUAUCAUAUUUUCAAAGUUUUGGCAUUUGAAUGUUCACUAUUUUUGACUUUGGUAUUUUAAUUAAAAAGCUCUAAAAUCA